AGCCGGAGAGUUUGUUGACUGAGCGGAGAGUCACGCGAUAGUACUGUGACCGUGUUUUUCUGUUGACUUCAGUUCAUAAAAGUGUUGAUUUAAGUCGAGUCUAAGUCAACAGCAGAGCGGACACUAAUACUGAAGUUAAUGGAGAUAUUCGGAGAGCGUUUGGACGUGUUAAAGUGACUGAAGGUGAAGUUAAACUCAACUCUAACCGAGCUCUGUCAUGCUAAUGUUAGCUCACUGACUGUUUGUUGAGGUUUUUGAGUUCACUCUGUUCCUCUCCCUGUUUGACUUUCUCUCACUUUUUCACCUUUUCCUUUCAGGUUUGAGUUCUCAUUAAAGAAGUAAAAACAUUAAAGUCUGAGGAGGAUGUCUAACCACAGGGAUGUGAGUGAGAGCAGCCCCCUCCUGGACUCUGGUUCUGUCCACAGACCCUCAGCUCCUUCAGUGUUUCAGGGGAGAAGACUGGCGUGUGCUGCCAUCCUGCUGGCUGAGUCUCUGGAGAGGAUUGCUUUCUACGGCAUCACCUCCAAUCUGGUUCUGUUUCUCAAUGGGAGCCCCUUUUACUGGGAGGGGACCCAUGCCAGUCAGGCCCCUCUGAUGUUCAUGGGGAUCACCUACCUGAUCUCUCCAUUUGGAGGCUGGUUUGCAGAUGCAUACCUGGGAAAGUUCUGGACAAUUGCUUCAAGUUUGAUUCUUUAUUUUAUUGGGAUGUUAUUCUUCCCUUUUAUUGCUAAUGAUGACACCCGGAUCCACCUGUGUGGGGAAGAGUUGGCCUUUCCUGUGCAGCCUGCUGAGUGUCUGUCUACGAACGGGACCAUCCCCAACAAUGUCACCUGUCCUGUCCGGAGCGCAUACUGUGGUCCUGUGGUCUACAGUGGACUGUUUCUGGUUGCAUUAGGUGUGGGAACCGUAAAGUCCAACAUCACUCCUUUUGGGGCGGAUCAGGUAGAGUAUGAGAAACACUGUUUUGAAAUCCCAGAGUCUAAAUUAAAAGAAUAAUUCUGCACGCAGACUUUCAGCUUAUUCUAAUCUACAAUAUCGCUGAAUGAGAUUAGUUUCCAGAAACACGGCUGUGUAAUAUCGAGUAUGCGGUGUGACAUCAUGGAGAGCAGACAUGUGACCAGAUUUCUGUCAAACCAUGAGAGUUCACUUAGCAACGCAUGCCUUCAAUCAUCACGGCCAUUUGUUGGUACUUCCUUUACAGAAUUAAGUAAAGAGUUUUUGUAUUUCCUUCACUCACACAGACACAAAGAGCAAAACCUUUAACAGUGCUCCAGCAUGAGAAGUGCACUUGUUGUUUCAGCAGAAGUGAAACUCAGUUGUCGGGCUUCAUGAUGUCGGAUUAUCUUGAAACUGUGAGGAAACAGAAGUCUUAGCGUUCAAGCUUUCAUCAAUGGGACCCUUUAUUUUUGAGAAACCUUAACAUGAACCUGUUCAAGAUAACUGCAGCAGAGGAUAUGACAGGAAUCUGACACCUUCAGGUUCACAAAUAUUCAAUCCACUUUAUUUCUAUAGCACAUUUUAAAAAACAUCCAAGUUUACCAAAAUGAAAAGAACAGACACUGCAGAAAACAUCAAGAGGGAAUAGAUAAAAGCAGGUAAAAAACAUUUAAAAUGAAAUAAAAACACAGAAGCAUAAAAGAAAUAAAAGUGAUAAAAGGACAGAGAUCACACAACUCUCAUGCUGAGCUAAAAGUUAGGAAUAAAAAUGAGUUUUAAGACGUGAUUUUAAAGUAGAAAGAGUUGGGGAUGUUUUAAUCUCCCGCUCUUUAACAUCCGUGGGAAAAAGCAAAACUUCAUCCCACCAUGGAUGGAUAAUAAAUAUAUGGGACAAAUCAACUAUCAAACAGUUAUCAUGAUACCAAACAAAACCUGAUCUGCUGAUUUAUAGUAUUGACUUCAUGACUCAAGGUAAAGUUAUCAAACUUUCUCUCCUGCUCAGAGUCUCAAAAGUGAACAUGCUGUUUCUCUAAGGAAUAACUGCACCCUUUGCAGAGCAGCUAUGACCAUAAUUGAUAUUUUUAAGAUUAAUUUACACCGUAAGUGUUGUACUCAAAAGAGCUCAAAUUUAACACCAAACACUAAAGCAUGUUAGGACAGAGGAGAAAGUCAUGUGAGAUCUGUCAGCGUGUGAUCAAUCGGUUUUUGAUUUGAGUGUUAACAAAGAAACAGGAUUAUGAAUUUCCUCCUUGUCUUGUCCUGAGAUGACCGAAGUCUGAAGGGACCAAACCCACUCCUGUCAGGAAUCACACUCACAGUUGGCGCUCCCUUGCUCUGUCCGUGUAUGCAUUAUUCAGCUCUGUUCUAGUGCUUUUCUUGCUAACACAUGGCAAUCAAGAGGGAAGUGUGAGGGGGAGGAUUUAUUUUUUAACUGCAUCGCUCUGCUGCAGGGAGGAACCUCGGAAAGAUUUAUGCUCGGCACCGGCCUGUGAAUGCCGUGACAUUAUCUCCCCAAUAGUUAAUUGUAGCUGUACUGCUGCAUCCUUUGUGCUCAUACAUAAAAGACAUAUCCACUUUAUCACGCAUUGAUAAAAUCUUAUCCUCCACAGAGAUAACGGUGUCUGGAGAGGAUCACCGGCAUUAUGAGAGUAAAAUUAUUUGUUUGCAUGAACAUUUAAGUGAAUUUAUUAAAGUUUGGUGAGUUAACGGCUUCUGCUGGAUUUCUGGGAGGAAACUAAAAGCCGCACCAAACAGACAAAGAAUAAAUGAAUAGUUUAAAUUUAGUUUGACAUCCCUUCACUGAGUCGGACAAAAAUCCCCUUUUGUUGCUUUAUUCUCACUUUUUACUCGUUUUAUUUUUAUCUGUUUUGGUUUCAGCUUGUGAUCUUUGUUCCUCUUUGUUGAAUCUCGUUUUGAGCUGCUGUCAGGACUUUUAAAGCUCACUCUCAUAUAAUAUAGUUUUGAUGACUUAAAUAAAUGUUAGGCUUGAUGUAAUCUUCAUCCUGUGGCUUCACAAAGGUCACGUCAAAGUGCUGAUGACCACAUUUCUUUUAUAGACUGAUAGAUGACUGUCACACACCGUGAGUAUGACGCAUAAAUGUUUCUACGUCGUCUCUGAAUGUGUGACCCACUCAACGCUGACUGUGUUAUUUGUGUUUUUAGGUCAAAGACCGAGGCCCAGAGGCAACACGAAGAUUCUUCAACUGGUUCUACUGGUGCAUCAACUUAGGAGCCAUCCUGUCUCUGGGAGGCGUGGCCUACAUCCAGCAGAACGUGAGUUUUACCGUCGGGUACAUCAUCCCGACCGUGUGCCUCGGGGUCUCCUUCGUGGUCUUCCUCCUGGGCAGCACUGUCUUCAUCACCAAGCCGGCUGAUGGCAGCGCCUUCACAGAUAUGUUCAAGAUCCUGGGCUUCGCCUGCUGUUACAAGAGGACGAAGGAGUCCAACCAUCGCCGGUGAGGACGGCGUCUCACCUCUUUUUGUAGUUAAUGGGAAAAUAAACGUUAAAAUAGUUCACAAUGAAACCAUGCUGUAAAUAACAACCCUCACUGUUGUGUAGAGAGCAUUCAUCAGUCUAACUCUAAAACAGUCAGGUGAUGUUGGUCGGACUUUACGUUAAAGCUCCUCUGAUCCCUCGGUGUAAUUCCUCUCCUCAGCGGUUCAUGUAUUCAUCUCCGAUCCCUGCGGUGAAAAGUUCCUCUGAAGUGCUGCUCCUCCACUUUGACUUACAUACGUUCAGAAACUUGACAUUGAAUAUUUUAAGUUGGCCUUUCAAGAAUUCCUUAUUAAGACAUUUUCUCCUGAGAUGGGGAUUAUAGGCUUUACUCCAAACUUUUCUCCUAUCUCUAGAAGUGCAGCUAUUUAAGGCGAAGACGGCUGCCUGAGUGACAUUUCAAGAGUUUAGUUCAGCCUCAGUUUAUUGAUUCAUGUUCUAACUUUGUCCCGUCAUUAGCUGUUUUGUAAAGCGGUGUUUUAAUUGUGAUUUUCUCUUUAUUUCCAUGAAGGAACAGACCGACCUUACUAGACAACGCCAAAGUGACCUACGGAGGGAAAUUUCCAGAAGAAAAAGUGGAGGAGGUGAAAGCUCUGCUGAAAAUCCUCCCAGUCUUCUUGGCCCUGAUUCCGUACUGGACUGUGUACUUUCAGGUGAGGGGGAACGCAUUUGUGGAUGCACAUGUGCACCUGUUGAAUUGAAGGAGCGAUCGUUUUAGUUCUGCACAUGAUCUUUUCAGACUCUUGUUUCCUGCUUGUGUUACAGAUGCAAACGACGUACGUCCUGCAGAGCCUCCACCUGAGACUCCCUAAUAGUGCCUCAAACAUCACUGCUGACUCCCCAAAGGUAAUAAUAAUAAUAAUAAUAGAUUUUAUUUGUAACGCACUUUACAUUUGAAAACGAAUCUCAAAGUGCACAACGAAAACAGAAAAAAAAGACAACAAUAACAGUAAAAUCAAGCAACAGGGCAAAACAAUAAAAACAGUCAGCAGAUAAAAUCAGAUCAAAUUAGUCCAGGUAGGAUUUCAGAAAAAGGAAGGUUCCACCGACUGUGGAGCCCUGAGGUGGUCGGGGAGGGCGUUCCAGGAUUGGUGUGAUGUGCUCAUGUUCACGCACUCUCAUCAGGACCCGGGCGGCGCUGUUUUGGACAUGUUGGAGCCUUUGUAAGCUCUUGCCCGGGAUCCCGAUGAGGAGCGCGUUAUAGUAGUCCAACCUGGAGGAGACAAAGGCAUGGACGAGUCUCUCUGCUGCAGGACGAGAGAGAAAUGACCGGAGUUUGGCGAUAUUACAGAGGUGAAAGAAGGAAGUCUUGCAGAUAUGGUUGAUGUGAUGGUCAAAGCUAAGAUGGGGGUCAAAGGUAAACUCAGGUGGAGACUGGGUGGAACUAGGCCACUGCUGGACCCUGUGUGUUCUGUAUUCAGCUCUUUCUCAGCCUUUAACUUUGACUCAAUCUCAGCUCAACUUAAACAAAAGGAGAGGUUAAGGUUGGACCUGUCAGGUAAAUAAUAAUAAUCCCUUUCGUGAAGGAGAGUUGAGCCCACAGCGCUGUAAAUUCAUCUCUCACUCACUCUCCCCCUCAGUCAGUCUGUCAGUCAGGGACAGAGUUUCCAGUUUAUAGGUCUGGCCCCGAGCUUCGCUGCGGCUGAUCCAAAAAUAACAUCACUGCGGUGACAUCUGCGCCUCGGCUCUGUGAUUUGUUGUCUACAACAAAUUUUCAGAAACUUCCCUAUAAUUCCAUUGAGUCGGGCGCUCAAACAUGUCUGCGCUUAAGUCGUCUGAACUAGAUUUGUCGACGCUGAAAACAAAGUAGUCAGUAGGUCACUGACACACAAUGGUAAGCAACAGCUGGAGGCAGCAGCGAGGGUUGGUAAAGCCGAAGGGAUUAAGUCUCAACUUCACAGACUAUCUCAUAGAUUAGCAACCUGGCUGGAGCUGCACCUCUCCGCAGCGCCUCCAACCGAGUCCACCUGGCCCGGUUUAGCUGCGGAGCUGCAUGCGGGCUGUGGGCCGUGUUGUGAAUAAUGCAAAACGACACGUGAGGGAGGACUUCGCAAGAAUCAAAGUUUGGAAACAGGAAGUGUCGGUCGUACUGUAAGUCUGUUUUUUCUCAAAGAAGGAAGCUUGAGGUGUGAGGGUGAUGAGCGCCGACUUCAUGGAAAUAUGAAGUGAAACCUUUGCCUCCAAACUUCACGAUCUCACCUCCACACAUACUGUAUGGAAAUAUCCUCCCUUUCACAAUAAGAGAACUCUGAACUUAUGCAACACUUUGAAAGCCUCUGCUUUAGCUUUGUUUCUCAUGUUCAGCUGUCUUUAACUAACUUUAAGACUCCUGCCUGAGUUUUUUUCUCUCCCUUCACACACUAUUUAUCUGGUAUCUGAAAAAAACAGAACUAAGCCUUUUCUGCUUCCAGCUUCGACACUUCUCCACAUCAAAAGAGAAGUGAGAUUAGAUGCCUCUGUGAGUGCUCCCUCACCUCACCUGACAUAUUUCCAAGGCUUAACCGAACAAACACCGUCUCUUCAAGGAAACUCAGCCCAUACACUCAUAUUCAUAAGUGGAGACUUGGAGCAGGAGAGGCUGUGCUGGAACUGAUUAGGUCCUGAGAUUACUCAAUUAUGGUUCUGACCCGUUAUUGAAGUCUUCAGUUUAGUAUUUGCAUAAUUUAUAGUUAGAGUAAUUGUUUUAAAAGCAUUGUGAGAAUUAUUUCCUUUUUGAAUUUGCUGCUAGUUCAGAUUUUAUUUUAAUUCAGAAGCUUUUUGGAGAUUUUUAACUCCUAACAAAGUAAAAUCCAAAGAAAACACGUUCAUGUUUCUGAUCAGAGAUGUUUUUGUCUCACUUAGAGAUGCAUCAAUCAAGAUAUCGGUUUAGUAUCAGCUGAUACCGAUCCAGUUCCGAUACAGAAAAGCCACGCUGAAUCACCUUUUGUUGUACCCUGAAGUUUUGACCCCGCCCCUCAGAACGUUUACUGCGCAGGUAUUACAAGUCGCUGUCGAGCUUUUAGGCUGAGGUAUUGUGAUAAAGUUCAAGAUAGCAGACCCCUUUUCUCUCUCCAUUUUGAAAACAAUGUGGACGUCCGCUCACUUGUGGAUCCCUUCACGGUGCAUAGCAUAGAUGUAGACUGAAUAGAUUGGCCCCUAUGCAUCGCACCUAUUGUCACGAUACCUCAUCUAGAAUUUUCUUCAGUAUCAAGUAUCGGAUCAGUGCAUCCCUAGUCUCACUUUAUCAAAGUUUACAUAUAUUUUGAUGCCUAAUAUUACUGUUUCUUCAUAAUGAAGUAAAAUCCUUAAACCCUGUAACCCUCCUCGUUCACAUUUAGCAAAUAUUUGUUUUCUUUUUUUUUCAUUUUCUGUCUUGUUUAUCGUCUCCUCAGCCCCCAGCCUAAGAACCAGGAUUUAGAAAAUAAAGCACACAGCACACACUGAGUUUAUUUUGUCUGUUUGGAAAAUUAAAAGUAUCUUAACACGCUGCCCACUGCAGACCCGGGCCUGCAGGGACACCUCCCGCGUUCUCGCCAGACUCAAGGCUUGCAAAGACUCUCACUUUGGGUUUCCUCUCACUUUGAAUAUGAUUAUUCACAAACAUAACAGGAAACGCUCUCUAAGGAGCUGCAUAUAGAUUACCAGCAGUUACUCCGAGAAAUGGAAAUGCAGUUUGAGAGUAAAUGAUGCUAUCAGGAGUGUUAAAGCAGACACACAUCAGGAACUCGGAUGGCAUUUUGAAUCUGAAUUGCUGAAAACACUCGCAGCAGUUACAGUCUGUCUUCGCUCACCGCCUGAAUGUAAAGACACUUUUCACACUCAAAUGAAUUUUCUGUCCUAUUGAUCCGCCUUCUGGUCCGUUCGCUCAGAGUAAUUAUUCCUUUCAUAGAUAAUGCUUUUUGCUGAUGCAUUUCAAUUUGAACUGAGAACUUCUAUUUUUGGAUUCAGCGCUGCUCUUUACUUGUGUAUCUUUCACAUACUUAACAGGGACUGCAGCACUAAUGUGGCUCAUUAUAGAAAAAACAACACAUCACUCAUUUAAAUUCUAAUUAUUUAUUGAUUUGGCUGCAAGCUUUCUGCACUAUGAAUUAAAUGCAUACACACUCCUCAUUAUAUCAUGUUUCUCUUUGACCACCAGGGGGUGCCAAAGCAGUACCAAGUCCCAAGUACACACACUUGUCCCUGAAUUGCACACAAACAUUUGGUGAACUGUGCAGGAAUGGACUGACAUCCUCUGUAGUUUUCAUGCUUUGUUGCUUUUGGCUCGGCGUUAUUUCAUCUUCCUCCUCCUGUUCCUCUUUUUUAGAUGACGUUCCGCUUCCCGGCGGCCUGGCUCACCAUGUUCGACGCCGUGCUCAUCCUUAUGCUGAUUCCCCUUAAGGACAAAGUGGUGGACCCCAUCCUGAAACGGCGCGGCCUGCUGCCUUCUCCCCUGAAGAGGAUCGCAGUGGGGAUGUUCUUUGUCAUGUGGUCGGCUGUGGCGGCAGGUGGGUGGGCAAACACACGUGCCGUCUGUGCCGUCACACGAGCAGGCCAAACAAAAAUCGACAACAACAAAGUAAAAUCUGAGGGUUAAAGCAGCAUAAACACGUCAUUCAGCUGAAACUUUAAAUACAGUUUCUAGAGGAGCUUCAAACAAAGCUGGAGAACUGUACGGGCUUUGUUGCUGUGGCGUCUUUUGUUCUUGGCAAAUCCUUCUUUUAAAAUCACUGUUUGCCUUCACUGUGCUGCUCUGUAUUGGCUGCACAGAUGGUCUGUCACAGAUGUAUUAAUUGGCCCCUUAUCAAACAUCACUUUCCACCUGAUGAGGGAAAAAAAGAAAAACCGCCGCAGAGGUUUUUCCCUCCUUUUUUUUUCGCCCUGUAGAGCACAGGGGGAGCUGUGGCAUCUCUGCUUUUGGGAGUGAGUGACUGCACCCGCAUGCGGCAGCGCUGCUCAGUCCUAUUCACCUCCAGCCCGUGGAUUAUUUUGGAAAUAAAGUCCCAGCCAGGCCUGUCAGCGGGUGCUGCUGCACUGAUACAUUCAGGCAAGAGUGUUUUGAGGGAGACAAGCCCGGAGGCAGGAAGAAAGCAAAUCAGUUACACUCCUGAGAAUCAAUGCACAUUAUAUUUUCCACAGCCAAUGCCCUUUCUCCUCUCUCAGAUGCACAAUACAUUCAGCACAUGGAAUAUGAAGAAUAUAUUCUGUCAUUAGUGACCUUUCUCAUAUUGACCGGUGGGCUUCAACCUGAUUUGCCCGCUGACUGUUAAACAUUGAGUGGAGAACAAUAGGCAGACGGGGGUGAUUGAGUGUUUUUGUGAGUUCAUUAAAUACGUCGUUCGAAGAUAAAUAGGUGAUUGUUUCUAAAGAUUUAAUUUGAGUCAAAAACAAACAUUUAUUUCCUUAAAGGUCUUCAGACAUCAUUUAUUACCUGAAUCCAAACAGUCAUUAGUCGCUGUCAGAUCAGAUUAAAGCUACUGUACGUGUCAAUUUCUCACCUUCGUUAUUGACGUAAUGAUUAAACCCUUUAUUUGACAGCUGUAAAGGCCAAACAGACUCAUUGAUACAGAAAUAUCUAUUGAAUUUGUCUUAGAGUCGAAAAUAUCUUAAUGAAUCCUCGUCACCUUUACUCGACAGUUAUAUUUGAGGAAAGCCGAACAAGAAACGCUCCAAACUACGACUGUAAGAGUCGAGUUUGAAGUCUGCCGAAGUUUCCAUCUGAACAUCUGUGCACUGGACUGAACUUUAUCCCUGUGCUGCUGUACUUUAAAUGGACACGCUGAGGGAGAAAUGAGAAAGUUUGUUGAGAGAGGAGUUCUUGGAUGUUCCGGUCUGAGAGUUAUUUAAGCCCGACUUAGUCCAUCAGAAACCUCCUUUUCAAUCAGCAGCAGGAAGUGGUAAAAGGUCUAUUUACCAAAUCAAAUGUGUCUAAUGUGCUCGGUUUAUAGCAACAUUUUCUUUUCAGAGGACAUGAGCGAUCCUGGAAGGAAAGGUGCUCCAACAUGUUCAUUUCUGAGCUUCAAUAGCUAUUCAGGUCUUUACUUUCCCAUUUGGCUCCUUGAAAGAAAGUGCAAUCCUUGCAUUUAAAUUGAGGCAAAAUAAACUCUGAAUAUUUCAGGGAGCAAUUUUGGGUCCAGGCAGUGGAGGGAAAGAGUUUAGGAUGGAGCAGGGGGUGUAGGAGUGAGGAAGAUCUGACCUGAAUCUGAAGAAAUCAGACAGAUGGAUCGAAUCACCUGAUGAAUCAGUCAGAUAGUGUUUAUUUCACGGGAAAGCUUUCACGCUUCACAUCGAUUCCCUUCACCAUACACUCCUGUCACAUUUACAAUUACAUUUCCCCUCAUCUGGUUUUCUAUGUGUCCUCAGUGCUUCACCACAUCUGUCCGCUGGCGGAGACUGCGUUACGCUCGCAGACUGACAGAUGGACACUCGUGAAAGACCGAGUGUGGCACUUCUCGCCCUCGUACAGCCAGUCCAACACAUCGCAUUGUCAGCCUGCCACUCUGCCUCCAUAACAGCGGCCCGGCGUCUGCUGUGGAGAGUUAAAAUCACUUUCAUCUCCACGUGCACGACAUGUCAUGAUGACAUUUGCGCGGCGAUAUUUCACAGGGUUUCGUCGUGGCACGCGGACGGCUGGACCUCCCAUGCAGUGCAAAGGGGACAGCAGAAGACACGCUGUCAAGCGGACUGUGGGCUGUUUCUGAUCCUUUUUUUUGUUUGUGUGCCACAGUCCCAGACCUCAGCCACAUACUGAGACCAGCUUUGAAAGCCGCUCUGACACGGCUUUUGAAGAGAUGUUUUUGAGCAUGUUUCAUCACGUUCUCCUAACUUUAUGGACUAAUCUGCUUUGGUUAAAUCUCGAUGGCUUGUCAGUGUCCAAAACUAUCCCCCUCUCUCUCAAAUAAAAGCCGGGGAGAAGUUGUGAGGGAUCACGCUGGGCGGUGUGAUGUGUGAUGGUUGUUAGAGGAGGGGAAAAAGCAGGGAUGUGUGUUUAUAGUGUGAGUCUCGCUCUGGGCGGCCCAGUGGCCUGAGAUGGACGCCUGGUAUUAUAGGAUAGCCGGAUUACAAGGCUACAACUCCUCUCGAACACAGCAUUAAGUGUAGUUAUGAUAGGAGGCUGUCUCUGGGUGUUAUCUGGAAAUAGCCGCUGGUUACAUGAUAAUAGCUAUCGAAUAAAGCUUUUAGAAGGCAGCGGCGCUUGAUGACAACUUCUUGCUUCUAUUAUUGAAGCGUCUGCACUGAUCCAUUACCAACCGCCAUAAUACGGGAGCGUGCAGAUGUGAUCUUAAUGAAGUGGUGGGGUAGACCUAAAAGUAGCUCGAUACUUAAUGACCUGUCACUGAAUCCUCCGACUCUGCCGGAGCGUGACUGUUUGUUGGUGUCAUAACUCUCAACGAGCAGCCGAGAUAUUUAUGCCGUUGGAUUUGCUCUAUUUGCAUUCAUCCUCACUUACAUGUUUCAGGGUCAAAGCCGAUAAGUGUAAAAGUGCUUCAGGAGCUUUCUUUCUUCUGCUGCAUGUUCUAAUUUACAUGUUUCAUCAUCUCCCUCAGGUAUCCUGGAGACCAAACGUCUGGAAAUCGUCAAAUCAAACGGCACCAUCGACCAGGUGCUUGGCAACGUUAUCUACUACGCAGCGGAUUUACCCAUAUGGUGGCAAGUGCCUCAGUACGUGCUGAUCGGAAUCAGCGAAAUCUUUGCCAGCAUUGCAGGUACGAUUAUUUGACGUCUCCUUUAUGGGGUGCCGUUUGUAAAGCAGCCCAUUAUAAAAAACAACAGGAAGAUUUGGUCACAUUUAGCUUCGAACAGCAUUUAAAAAAGUGAUGUGAAUUUUUGGCAGUCAUUUUUUUGCACAUUUACAACAACAUUUAAAUACUAAAACUAAAUGUUAAAUGUUAAAUCUAAAUGCUAAAUAUAAAUGUUAAAUAUAUAUGUUUAAUCUAAAUGUUAAAUCUAAAUAUAAAUGUUCAAUAUAAAUGUAAAUGUUAAAUGUUAAACCUAAAUGUGUUGGGCGAAACUAAAUAUUUAGCUAAUAUGCAAAUUAGCGGUCGGAAACCGGAAGUGCCAAAAUAAAAGCUCCAGAAGGUCAUAUUGAUGAUUCUUGUGUCGAAGAAAACGAAUUAAAACCAAUUUAAGGGGGGAACAAAUACUUGGGGUGACGUUUCGUGUUAAUAACUACCUACAAUAGCAACAGCAACAACAAAAACUUUAUUAGAAAGACUCGAGUUUUCAAUGUCGCUGUAAGGUCAAGCUUCUACAAGCCUGAAUUGGAGAUAAAAUGUCCGGGGAUUAUGCGCUCGUGGAGAACAUUGGGAGAGCUGUAUAAGCAGCCAUUAGAAGUCUUCCUCCCUCUGCAACUUCAUCGGUGGCUGUGGCAGCGUCCGCCACAAAGGUACAGUAUCAUGAGUGCACCUGCAUGUGUGUGUGGGUGUGUUCGUACAGUGUCCGAGCCACAGGAGAAACGACACUGAAAAAUUUGAGUCUUUCUAAUAACGUUUUUGUUGUUGCUGUUGCUAUUGUAGGUAGUUAUUAACACCAAACGUCACCCCAAGUAAUUUUUCCCCCCUUGAAUUGGUUUUAAUUCGUUUUCUUCGACACAAGAAUCAUUAAUAUGACCUUCUGAAACUUUUAUUUUGGCACUUCCGGUUUCCGACCGUGAAUUUGCAUAUGAGCUAAAUAUUUAGUUUCGCCCAACACAUUUAGAUUUAACAUUUAACAUUUUGAUUGAUAUUUAACAUUUAUAUUUAGAUUUAACAUUUAGUUUUAGUAUUUAAAUGUUGUUGUAAAUGUGCAAAAAAAUUCACAUCACUUUUUUAAAUGCUGUUCGAAGCUAAAUGUGACCAAAUCUUGCUGUUGUUUUCAUAAUGGGCUGCUUUACAAACGGCACCCCAUACUCCUGUGUCUGGUUUUAGAAGGUCCGUUGAAGCCUCGCUCCGGAAACUCCGAGGAGCUGUUGGCUAAAUCACCGAAGCAGCCAUUUCUCAUAGUUUGAUGCGAUGAAGACUAAUAUGCAAACCUCCUUUGUACAGUUUGUUUGAUUCAUUGCCAGGCUGCUGCAGCUUAAUGUGUUUGUGGGUUGUGUUCCAGAGUAAAUAGCACAAUAGGUCGAUCAAUAAUUGAUUAUCCUGAUCCUCUCACACAGCUGCGAGACAUUGUUCUGUAAUGGGACAUUUUAUAAAUAAGGUGUGGAUAAAGUAACCUUUUAAAAUUGAAAUUAUGAUGAAAGCCUGAGCCUGAGCCUGCGAGCUGCCUCAUAUUAGCGCUCUUCCUCUGCCGAUUUGUCCAAACAGCUACAGAGGCCAGCUAAUGAGACGGAUAAAUACACUUAGACUGUACCAUGAGUCCCUGAGGGCUUAGUCACAGUUGGCAACAAUACAAUUAACAACACAACUUCAACUUUUCACCCCUCUGAUCCUCACCUGGUGUGCUAACAAUUACCAGUAUGAACUUUGAUAUAUCCGUGCAUACAAAGCAGCCAUCACAGCGCGCACGGACCUCCACACAGCAUCAGGAGAUAACACAGAUUGCACUGACAUGCUCUGUAUUGCAAGUUCAGCUCCUAAUUAUCCAAUUAGCAUGCUGACACACUGUUCAUAGGGACAUAAUACACUUGAAUAGACAGGAAAUGAUGGUGUGUUUAAUUAUCAGUGUGGCUCAAUGAGGGUGCUGACAGUUACAUUAGCAUGUAGACCAAAGAGGCAGAAAAUGAAUUUCAAAGAUCCUUAAAAGAAAGCUUUGCACCGACUCCCACUCUGAGGGCCACUUUCCAGCUCUCUAAUGAUCACAGGAACAAAGUCCGAGUCUUUGGCUUUUACUGCAACAGUUUCUUAUUGAUUCGCUGAGUUGCACAAAGAAGACGAUGUCCAGAAAAGAGACAGGGCAGCCGGGAAGAAAUACAAGCUGUUUUUAUCAGCAGAACAAUUAUGAGGUGUUACAGUAAGAAGAAAAACUGUAAUAGUUGGUGAAUUAACUCUUAAUUUAAAAACCUAAAAAGAUUUCCAAGAGACUGAAUCCUUUUUUUUAACAAGCUGCAUUUACAGUAGAGCUGUAAUCAACCAAAGAAAGUCUUGGUCGACGAAAACCCUGAAAUUUUCGACCAAAUAUCGACUAAUGGGAGGGGCUUAAAAUGAAUAUAAAUAUUCAGCAAACCAGCGAAUGUUGAUUAACGUUGACGCCCUUCAAUCUUCCUGUAAAGUGACGCGGAAAAUUAUUGAGUCGACUUGGCACAUAUCGACCAAUACGUCGGCCAGUCGAUUAGGACUUUACAGCCCUACUGUUUAUAUCACCAGAGCACGAAUAAGGUGUUGCAGUAGGAAUAAAAACUGUAAUAGUUGGUGAAUAAAAUCUUAAUUUGAAACCUAAAAAGAUUUCCAAGAGACUGAAUCCUUUUUUUUAACAAGCUGCAUUUACAAAAAGGUUGUUAUCAACCAUAGAAAUUCUUGGUCGACUAAAGCCCUGAAAUUUUCGACCGAAUAUCGACUAAUGGAGUGGGUGGGGGUUAUGAUUCUCAUGGCAACCUUUCUGCAGGGGACGAUGCGGCCCGGCGAAGUGAAAAUUUACUGAUAUCAGCAUAAGAAAGAAAUUUAACACGAUAAAAGUUUAAACAAUCAAAAUAAAAAUAAAUAUUCAGCAAACCACUGGAUGUUGAUUAACGUUGACGCCCUUCGAUCUUCCUGUCUCCAGCUGGUCUCUAGUGGGUUGAGCGAAUCCAAAAUGGUGAAAAAAAGGGGCGUGUUCUGAGAUGGGCUGUCACCUGUGAAACAGGGGUGGUCUGAAAACACCCCCAUUAGCACUUGGUACAUUCCUCCUGAUGACAUCAACCAUAGACUGUAAAUUAAACUCGUAAAAAAAUCGAGUCGACUAAUCAGAAUUUUGACCCACUCAGCACGUAUCGACCAUAGACUGUAUAUAGGAUGGACGUCGUCUGCCUCCUCGCUCGAUGAACAGCACCCUCUGGUGACGGGCUGCAGUAUAGGUCAUAAAUCCCGCCUCCUCCAGCAAAGCUUAUGAAGCUGUGGACAAACUUUAGAAAUAUAUUACACAAAAUGUAAAUUUUUCUCCCCCCGUUUGCGAUGUUGAGAUGUAGUUACUGUCAGACUGGUUUGUGCUCAAGUCCUUUUUUUUCUGUACAGCUCCAUUUUUAAAAGUUAUUAGGGGGUUCAUGUUUUCUAUGAUUGACACCUGAUACAGCCUAUGGGCGUAUGAAGCGACUCUCCCGCCGAAUGCGCACAUUGUUACUGCGCAGGUGGUGGAGUGUAUAUGUUUCAGGAAAUAGAGAGAAAACGUGGAAUUACAGAGAGCUUUUUGGCAUCAAAUCCGUAUACUGGCAGAAGGUAGAACCAAGUUGUCCAGAGUAUAUACAGUCUGUGGUGUCAACCAAUAAGUCGACCAGUCUACUAGGACUUUACAGCCCUACUGUUUAUAUCACCAGAGCAAUUAUGAGGUGUUGCAGUAGGAAUAAAAACUGUUAUAGUUGGUGAAUUAAAUCUUUAUUUAAAAGCUUAAAAGCUCUCCAAGAGACGGAGUCCUUUUUUUUUUUAACAAGCUGCAUUUACAACAUUUAAUAAGUGACACAACAGAGUCAGGAAUUUCACAGUUUCAGAGCUGGAUCCAGCUCCUUAUACCGGGAAGUUCAUGAACGUGGCCCCGGGUCUGAUUUAAAUUCAAAGAUGUAAUACUGUUGCAGCAGAGGCAUCUCAGUCCAACACACUCGGAUCAACGUGAGACCAAUCCUAACCCUCCACUGGAAAUAUUAGCCGUGUUUGCUAAAAUUCCCUAUUCUUGAGGGGGAAACGAUUGAGCUUCGUAUCAAAGCGGGUCAAAAAAGUUUAUGCCAAAACUGACAGUUGAAAACAUCUUUUGGUUUUUGCUGAAAAGCUGCCAGUCCUCUCUCUCUCUCUCUCUCUCUUCUCUCUCUCUCUCUUCUUUUUGGCACAGCCUGACCUAAACGAGAAAUCCCAUUUUAUUAAGAGCUAGCAGAAGUAGGGCAGUAUUUCUGAGGCAGAGCAGCGAGAAGAGCUCGAAUGUUUUAUCGGAUUGCAGUGCCAAAUUUUCAAAAUGUAAAUAAGAUUUUUUUUUUUUUUAAUAUUAAAAAGGAGACUGUGUGUCUGAGAGAAAAGCUCUUAAUGUUAGAGGGAGCGUUGCAGUGAAGCAGCUGUGGCCCAUUUUUCUCCCAAACUCUGCUGAGCUGAAAUCUGCCCUGUAAGUGUUUAUUUCUGCUCUGUGUCUGUUUAGCUGUGUGUACUUUUGUCUUUAUUUAUGUCUUUGCCUCUGCACUCGCAGCCCGGGGCCUCAAUUAUCUUACAGAUUUGAGUUUGUUAAGGCCUCCGGCUAAGACUGAGUCAUCCUCCAAUUACUACAGGUCCUGUUGCUGUGGGCUCUUCCGUGUAGCACUCGCUUUGUGUCUGUAUCAAGAAUGAGGAUUGAACCGUUAAUAUGUAGGACUUGUUUUUUUUUUUUCCUCAGUGCAGUGGAAGGAUUAUCGAGCUGAUCCACUCACAGAAUGAACAUGUCAUCUUUACGUUCAGAAUCUAUGGUUACUGAGAUUUCUUUAAUAAGCUCUGGUAUUAAACAGCUCUUGGAUUUCAUGUGAGGCUAUCAGAGUCCCAUGAAAGGCAAAUCCAGACAUAACAAAGCUAUAGGGAUCCUUAAAAUAAACUUCCCCACUCCCCCCCACUUCGUGCCAUCCCACAGGGCUUACCUCCAGGAAAAUUGGCUGACAGAAUUGUGACAUAUGUCUGGUUAGGAGGAAUAUUUCCCCUUAGUCUCCUUCUGUUUGAAUAAAUCUGUUUAAAACCUCCGGUGCCAUCAGACUCCCUCGCCGCGGUCCUCAGUCUUGUAGGACGAGGGUAAUUCUGUGCUGAAGUAUGUCUGCUCCCCGGCUCUGAGAAACUGUAAAAACGCUGCUCAAUGAUUCCCUACAGGAUUCUUAAUUAUGUAUUGCACUUUUGAAAAUGUUAAAGGCCCGUGUUAUUUUUAAGAAAAGGAAAAACCGCCCCUCACAGCGAGAGGAAAUGUAUGCACAUCUCAGACUCUCUGCCUUUUGAUCACGAAAGGUCAGACCUGGUGAAGUCCGGGGAUGUCACUGUUAUUACACACGGACGACAGCCGGAUUUUACAUCAUGUAAUGUUAUUUCUGAGCAGAGCCAUAUCUCUGCACAGCUAUUGACCAGAGUUUGUCGCUACCAAAAGGUUAGCUUCGGGAAUAAACAAAAAAAUAGUGGUGAACCUCGACAAAGGUCAUUCAUGUUUUCCUCUGAGUAAUAACCUGCUGUUUGAAAAAAGCAUCUUUUCCUGAACAGGACUGACGCAGGUAUCUGUAAAGAAACUGUUCGUCACAUUAAUUUGUUCAAUGUCCCCCUCGGAGGAAAAGUCUGAAACUGCAAAGGUAUUUAACUGCAGCUCUGUAAUCUCCUCUGACAGAUGUAGCUAUAGGGCCUCAUUUGAAAAAUCACAUGUUUGAGGUGCCAUGAAAUUAUCAAUGUCAGCUCGCAGGCAGACGGAUCUCUGGGCAAAAAAAAAAAAAAAAAAAUCUCAUAUUUGAUGUUUUUUUUUCCCCCAACUGAUCUCUCUUUCUCUCAGGUCCCUUGCCCGUUUUCUCUCUCCUUUUAUUUUCUUCAAGACACAGUAAACACUCAGUGAUGUGUCUUCCAGAAAUAAGCGUUUUUUUGGGAACCGGUGCCAAGCAGAGUAGAUUCCCGACGGUGACACCGCAGACCAGAGUCACCUCGGAAAAUUAGCUGUCAGGAGCAGCUGCUGAGGAAGCUUUUCCGUCUCACUGAUGAUCCACUGAAAGGAAAACAGACACACUAAACAUAGACAAUUAUGUCACACUGAUACUGCAGACAGAUAUUAGACACAGGUACACGUCGUCAGCUUGUUUCCUCCACUAGCAGAGACAUCUACUUGACCGUAUGAGUACAAGUAAAGCGUUAUUACCCUCUCACUGUGAAGUUUAAUGUGCUCAUCCCACUUUAACCUUGUUACAGCCCACUCACUCAACCAAAAUUCCCAUUGCAGGUCUGGAGUUCGCCUACUCUGCGGCCCCCAAAUCCAUGCAGAGCGCCAUCAUGGGACUCUUCUUCUUCUUCUCCGGGAUCGGCUCGUUCGUCGGUUCCGGGUUACUCGCAAUCGUGUCCCUCAAGGCCAUCGGCUGGAUGUCAUCUCACAAAGACUUUGGUGAGAGAAAAGAAGCUCUUCUACAUUCUUAACACUUCACUGUAGAAAACGUCGAGUGUCUUUAAUUAAGGACCAAAAGGCUGUUUUUAUUUUCUUUUUACGCGCACCUGUCGUCUUGUCCUUGCUGCGCCUCUUAGCUUCUUUCAGCUCAUUGUUUGAGUUUUCAGGUCUGCAGCUAGUUCAGUCUCUCUGCUCUCUCAGAGCUUCAUUGUUGUUUUUGUUGCUGAAGCUGUAAAAAUUCCUCUGAUCAACAUUUAGUGAGCACCAAAGUUAUCAAGCUAUUAAAGCGGCCGGAGAAACCUCCAAAAUGCAAGAUGUGUCCGCUAAGAUGUGCAACAACUUCACUCCAUCUUCCUUUAAAGAUUGUGAUAAUUUUUCUGCUUCACAAAAAAAAAACUAAAAUUCAAUAUGACUCAGUUUGACCCCCAUAAUAAUCUCAUAUAUCAUUUUUCAGAGUAUCUAUGGAGUAGGGCUGGGUGUAAAGAUCAAUACAGCAUAGUAUUGCACUAUUUUGUCUGGUGAUAUAUCGUAUCGUCUCAUUGAACAAGUAUCAAUUUUUUCAAAUUAAUUGCUAAUAUGAAGUCAAAUCUAUGAUAAUGGAAAGAUAAAAUCAACUGUUAGUCCAGUGAGGUUGGCAGAGGUGACGUCGUAGAGCAGGGGAAAGUUAGUACAACUAAUACGUAUAUAAGGUUUGCAAGAUGUGCGACAUGAAAAUAAAAUACAGCAUAAAUAAGACGAACAUAAAGGAAAGACAAAUGCUAAAUUAGCUAAACAGUUGAAAAACUGUAUAAAUCACAAUAUACUGUAUCAGAACAUGUUAAAAAUCACACUAAUAUCGUAUCGUGGCGUCACUGGUGAUCCCACUCCUACGAUGGAGGCAGCGGUGUCCUGUGCAGGUUUGCAUGUUGUUCUCCUGUGACACACAGAUGCAGACCCCACAUGCACAGCAGUCACUUCCUUGUUUUUUCUUUUUGUGUGAUCAAAGUUUUUCCAUUUCCUUCAAGCAGAUCAACAAAUAAACAAAGAUAUAAUGAAAAUACACAACAGGACAAAAACAAAACAAACAUAAACAUACAAGAAAUAUUAAAAGAAGAAAAAAACACUAAAAAUUAACAACAAAAAAAUUAUGAUAAGAAAAGUAUCAAAACCAAACAUACAUUCAGUAGAUACAGACAUCCAAAUAUAUAAUCCCCUCACCCUCCCCCCUAUUCAAUUUAAACUGCAGCGAUUGGGUUUACAUUUACUGUAUUUACUACAGACAGUCACUUCCUUGUUUUUGAGCGAGCGUCAUGUCAGACAGGCUGUUGUUGGAGACCUCUGAUGGAGUCCAACAGUCAUACUGUGUACCUGAUCCGCCCUGGAUGUGACAGUUACAUGAGCAGAGACUUCGCUCUAUCGUUCGGUCGCAGCUUUACACAUAGAAACAAUUGACCUAACUGGUUCGAUUCCAGCGCGUGUUAUUGACCCUCAGACCAUUUGGCUUUCACACACGUAGACUCCAGACUCGGUUCUCCUCGCAGAGAUGACUUUGUACUGAGCUUGAAGAAUGACGCUGCACCCUUCAAAUAUGUUCAGCACAGAGGUGAUGGAUCUCGACUCAAAGAGUUUUCUUGUGCUCGUCCAUAAUCCUCCAGAAUUGAACGUUUCAGCCGUCUGCCCUGCAGUUUGGUGCAUACAGGGAGCAGUAUUGACCCGACACAUCGACUGCACGUAUGGUGUUUUAGAAAUAAAAUUGUUGGUAUCGAUUCAGGUGCAGAAAUGCAUUUUCCAGGACAUAGCUUAAAGAGUUUUUAUAGCUGGUGCUGAUUUAAAAUCCACUUAAAGGGUUUGUAGAUUAGGUGUGGGUGGUGUGGGAGGGGGCAGCUCUUGUUUUAAGAGUGUUCCACAUAAUAAAUAGACAUGUCAGACUAACGACAAAAGGUUUGUGUAAAUCUGUCCAUGGGGUAGAACGAAUAGUGUGGUGAUGGCAGCAGAUGGAUGGGCUCCCCAGCGAGAGGAGGCUCCCAGCCCAGAUGCACUUUUCCCUGAGCAUGCUGUAAAUAAGCCAACACUGUAAAUUGUUUACCCACAAACACCUAAUAGCUCAUUAAUACAGUGUGCCGACAGGUAGAGAGGUACUUUUGAUGAUGUUAGCACUCGAAGAUGCUUGGCACGCUUCAUAAAUCCAUCCUUUGCUCGGCUCUGCUUUUCUUGAGGGCCAGUUAAAGCGGAGCCGGAUUGCCUGUAAGACUUCUCUUUGCUUUGCAAAACAAGUCAUUUAAAAGGUGAGCUGCAGAAAUGGAACAAAACAUCCCCCUGGCCGCUGAUAAAAGACACAUGGCACAAAGCUUGGGCAUUAACUACAGUCAGGAAUCAUGCAGUUUGUUUUUGCGGCUGUUUUUUUUUUCCACAGUUUGUUGGAUGUUAGCUUCUUUCACAUCUCAUGGCUCUCUAGGUGGAAGGGAUUCAGCUUAUUUCCAUGGCUGCAGGCGAAACGGUGUGCAGUAAACAGCGUCCUGGGUGAGCUGUGCUAAGUUGAACCGAGCUGUACGAGCCUGAAGACAGAUGAGCAACAUUAAUCACUGGCCGGGGGUCUGAUUACAUAGGCCGACUUCUCUUAAGUAAAGCUGUCCCUGCAGCGGUACAUGGAGAUGGCACUGCAUGUCUGGCACCACACUGGUGGAUGUGAGGCUCUCCUGUCAGGCUGUACUUCCACCUCUCCCUGCUCUGCACGCCCUCAUCUGAUGUGAGGCGGCCUCUGCGGAGAGUCAGAGUCCAGGGAGGGAGAGUCUUUUGUAAGAUCUCCCAGUUUGGUUCAAAAAGGUGAAGCUAGUUUGGUGUAGAAACAGCUCAACCGAACAGGCAGAUCAUAUCUCAACAUCCUGUAUCUAUAAGUAGCUGGAGCUUUUAUUUAAGUUCAGGCGAGAUGCCAACGGUCUUUGGAGGACAGGGAUGCAGCGGUAUCUUCAAAAGAACCGGAUCUGUGAUCUUCAAGAGGAACAGUUCAGUAGGAAAGGGAACUUCAAAGACCAUCAUCCUUUGCUCUCUGCUUACUUCAUCAGAUAGAAGUGGACAUCAGGUGAGGGACAGAGAGACUUACACAGCUGUAGAAGCUCCAGAGGCUUUUAAAUCAGUCAUGUGAUGCUUUGUGGUCACAGGAAACCACCUGAUUAAGGACCCGAUUCCACAUGAUUAAAACCCGAGAAGUUCAUCAACUCGUCUUCUGAGUCCAGUGACAUUAUAUCAACUUUAAAUCAAAUCAGCGUCCACCAAGAGAUCCAUUAUUUAAAAAGGAACACAAAGUUUCUGAAUAAUCUUUAAAUUUUGUGUUUUACUGAGAAUAUAAAUCAGAUUAUAGAUAUAAAGAUAUGUAUGAGAUAGAUGUUCGAUGUUGUGUUGUUAGAUUUUGAUGUCACAUCUCUAGAAAGUUCCUGUUGGUGCGGCUACGAUGAUCAUGAAUCUACUCUUAAUAAGAUAAAGCAAAUGACUGAUUGUCCAUUUAAUCCAUUAAAAUGUGAACUAAGCCUUUAAUAGUUACUCUAUGAGGAAUGUGGACUAAAUGAGCAAAACGAUCUUUUUAUCACUGAGGAUAAAAACCCAAAUUUGAGCAGAAAUACUUCAGAAAUCUCACCAGAUUCAUCCUGUAACAUCUGAAUAUCUGCUGCUUUAAUUAGCCAUAAAUUCAACCCGACGUCGCUGUUGACAAGAAGGUUUGACCACUUAAGAGUCUGACAGAGCGAUCCAUCAUGAGAAAAGUGUGUGGUUGAAGAUAAUGCAGAGUUUGUAAUCGAGCCAGCCUUUUAACGACUCGAUGAAAAAAUCAGCUGAUCGUGUUUUUAUUCUGUUCUUAUCGAGACAAAAACACCAGAGUUAUAUAAAGUCUGUGCAGUCCUCUCUCUCCUGGAGUUUGGAGUCUCUCCCUGUGAAUCUAUUUCACAUUAAUCUCCUCUGAUUGAAAGACCACAUGUGUGACUGAGUCCUGGAGGGGCUGAUGAAGAUGGUUUUACAGUUUUUCAGCCACAUCUGCUCCGACGCUUAAAUCACGGCGAGCUUAUGUGCUGAGACGAUUGAUCCCUAAAAUCCCACGCCACAUCGUUCCCCCUUGUGGUUACAUCUGGUGGAGUGGUCAUCCAUCAAGCGCUUUUAUUUGGUAUUUUUAUUGGCUCGGUACAACGCCAUCUCAUCCGUUCCUGUCAGGGAGCGAGCGUGGGCGUUUGAACCUCAUCAGCUGAGUCAAUUAAAGAUCAACCUUUACUUUCUUUAUCGGCGUUUUCCCCCGCACACAAGAAAGCCUUUUGUUUCUCUUCUUGCAUUUCAUUAGUUCCACCUUUCACGGCUGUGAUUCGCUCAGAACGAGUAGAUGGGUUUUCGUGGUCACAUGGCAGGAAGUGGCCUCUUUGGCCGUUUCUUUGGCCCGUAUUCAAGCGCUGGCCGAUCUUAUGUCAGAUGUCUGGGACGUGUUCAGACAUUCGGAGCGAGCUGACAUUCGCACAUCCUGCUCAUGAAGUGUUGGAUCACACUUGGUGAAAUGUCAAUGUUUUAAUAGAAGCCUUUAAUGUCAGAUCUGGCAAAUUUAACACCAGCCUCUAUUCUGUCUGAAAACUCUCCUUUUGGGUUCUCCGGGUUUUCGUGGGUCCAUCAUCAGACGUGUCGGAGGCUGCAGGCGGCGAAUAAAAGCGGUUAGCAUGUUCGGGCUGUUUGUGAAUCUCCUGCAUCAGCGAUAAAGUUUGAGAGCCGCAGAAAUGAAGUAUAUUUAUCGCAGAAACAAACAUGCAUCGAUUCCCUCUCUGAUUUCAUUCUGAGGCGGAGGAUGGCAUUGAACGCGCUGAAGCAUCCAAACGUCGGGUCAUUGCUCUGGAGGUCUGGAUCAAUUGAUCUAUUUUCAAAUGUUAAAUUGAUAUUGACCCGUUCCAUCUGCUCAGACCCACUCGCAGGUGAAGUGUCCUACAACUUCAUAUCCCUGGGCCGAGAUGAGACUGACCCCUUCUGUUCUGGUGUUCGCUCUCAUUACGAUGCUGUUAUUUAUAAAAUAAGGACCUCUGAGCUCACAUGAGGAAACCCGAGGGACAAACCAACACCAACAGAGCUCGUUCCAGAUGUUCCAGUCUGAUUGGUUUUGCUCUUUUCCAUCCCUUGAUAAGAAUUUGCCUUUAAAAUAUCUGUCAAAUAUUUAUGGGCUUCAUUAAUGUGUUUUACAGCGAGUCCUUGUUAAGUCUUUUGCUGCUGUAAUUAGCCCUCCAUAUUUCUGAAACUGCUAAGCAGCCAAAUGGGCCCUGGAGGGCGGAGGCUGAAAGGAGGAGGCAGAACCUGACUUUAUGUAUAAUGAAAUCAGAGCAAGAACUGCUGCAAAACUCAGACCUCGCAUUAAUUUUCACGCCUCGGAAAAAUUACAUGUUUGCUCUUUAGCCGGUCCCUUAUUUUACUCCUUAGGUCCUCAUCAGGCCGGCGUUUUGAAAUCCGGAACAAAGGUUGCGAUCCGCUCGUCUGUCAGAAUUAUUGUAGAGCCGCGGGGACAACAUUUUCUCCAGCGAAGACGGAGUAAAAAGGUCCUAAAAUCAGGAUUCGUUACAUGCCUCAUGCUGACAUUCAGACUGUGGAAUAUGUUGCUGCAAACCCUGAACAGAGCGCUCUCUCUCUCUCUCUCUGUAUAUCACAGCUUUCUGCCAGGGUACGCAUCUUCCCUCUCCAUAAUUUGUGCGGUUGUAUUCUUUGCUUUUUGUUUGCCAAACUGCUCUGUUAAUUAAGACUGCAGAGGCAGACUCUUUAGCUGAAUUAUCGAUUGAAAAUACAAGCGCUCUCCCUGCAAAUGCACUUCCUUUUUUACUCCCAUGCUCUCCUGUCAAGCACGUUGUUUUGCACUCGAUGAAUUAUUCAAACCCCGCUUUGCUUUUUGAUAUAUUUCUCACAAUGGAAACUCUUGACCGGAUAAGAUGACAACAAAACAAGCAGAAACUGAGGCUGUGGUCAAAGUGUGGGGCUUUUCAUUUGCCACUCAUUUGGUUAAUGCUCUGGCAGAACUUCACAGUCAUCAGUCAGCAGCUCUCUGUUCUUGGAUCAAAGGUUCGGGGGCUGCAGAGAUUGCCCGGCGCAUAGAGCAUUAACAAAGAGUCACUCCUGUGUGAAGCGUCCCAUCAUCACGCCACUUCUUUAUUCCCCCGGAUUUCUAAUUAUCCAGGAGAGCACGUGCACAACAAAGAGUGGAAAUGGAAUUAUUUAUACACACACAGAGCUGACAUUACGGCGUGUGAUCCGCUCCACUGAUGCUAAGUGAUCACACAAAGCAAUGAGAUUACUUGUUUCAAAUGAGUUAAUGCUGCUCUUUGAUCAGCGGGACGUCCCGCUAAAUUAUGGAGCAGAACAUGAAGGAUUCUGUGUGAGAGCAGGAUAGGAUGUGACGCAGCUGCUGCGCCUCAGACACUGAAGGAGAUGUUGAACAGGCCUUUGGUGAGAAACACUGGCAUGUUUAAUCACUGAUGCUGACAUCAUGCUUUCUGGGUUAAUGGAAUUAAUAGAUAGUCUUUAAGCGGAUUAAUGAGCCUCAUCUUCUCUGACACGUCUGUCUCUUUACUCUUAGCUUUUGUUUAUCCUUAUAUUUCAUCUGAUAGACUUUGACAUUUCUUACCUUUUCAAAAAAGUCUAAUUUUACAGCAAAAACAAUCCCGGUGACUAAGGCUGCACGAUAUUGGAAAAAACUAACAUUGCGAUUUUUUUCAACCCUGCGAUAUAUAUUGCGAUAUUAAAAAUACAGGAAUUUUCACCAGAUGACCUGAAUAACAUUUAAUGUUAUGCUGCACUGCUGAAAUCUUGAGGACAGUUAAUCUGCUCUGAUCUUACCUCUUUUUGUGAAUGUUAGUAGAAUGGCUUCUGUCUGUCUUAGAGAUAUUUUUAGCUUUUAUUGUGCUGGGACGUUAUUGUGGCGACAGAUGAACACAGAACACGUGUUUUAGUCGACAUCAUCCUUCUUUUAACCGAAAUAAUUCCAGAUAACUGACUUUCCUUUUCUUUUUGGCAACAAGUCUUCAUCUUCUGUGGUUUUCGCUUGUUCGUUGCUCAUUUUGCGAUCGUUGUUGUUGUUGUUAGCGGUGUUGUGCUGAGAAACGCAUGUCCUCCGAGAAUUGCAUGCACCUCGCAAAACGCACACCGCUUAUAGUAGAGUGGUCCACGGAAAUGUACAAUUUAAAACCCAUACAGUUCUUAUUUGUUGGGCUUAACAGUCAUGAGUAAAGUUCCGAAAGUAAUUCUCAGCGGACACGCGUCUCCCUCCAUGUGCAGAACAUGUGCAGGGGUGGGUUUCCUCCUCUCUGAUUUUGAUUGACAGCUGGCAGGGUAGUCUGAUUGGCAACUGAGAACUGAGUCUGAUUGGCAACUGAGUUAAGGACAAAGGUGAUUGGUUGAUCGCUGCACAGCACAUGCAGAGUCACAUGCAGUGUAUCGCAGUCAGUUACCCUUGAAAUUAAAUGAGUUCAUUCACCUUCAAUAUCGCAGGCUCUGCGAUGUGACUAUCGCAUACACGUACAUCGCGAUGACGAUGUUCAAACGAUAUAUCGUGCAGGCCUACCGGUGACUCUAGUGUGGAUAGUUUAACUUCAGUCAGCACCUCUGAGGAUGUUGAGGUUACAGGUUUGGCAUAUUUAAGAGGGAAAGCUGACUUGACAGACAGGUGGACGCCUUAGUUUAUAGUGAGGAGGAUAAAGACUCGCCUCAUCCCCAGCUCCUCAGCUUAUUUCUUAAAUUCUGUGAUUUGUAAAAAGAUUUAUCUCUAAUAUUCGGCAACUUUUACUAACCGUUGACAUUUCUCUGAGUGAAUUCAGUGAUUUCAUGAAAAAGUGAAUAACUGAAUAACAACUCUGAGUAGAGCUGCACAAUUUCAGCCAAAAAUAAAAUCCAUAUUUUUUUAUUCAGUGACAACUUCACCAAACUUCACUUUAAUAAAAGUUUUUCUAUCAUCUCUCUAAAUGAAACCACUGAAAAUGAUGUAGUUCAUACGCCAAGCCAGUAUGAGGUGAUGUAAUGUUGCCGAGGUAAGCGCAAAAGACAGAAGAAGAGUACAGAGCAUGUUUAUAAAGGUUGUUUUGGCGCCAUAAAAGAGUUACUCUGUGUGUCACAUGAUCGUUUCAAAAAACUUUAGCGUUUCCUCCUGAAUUAGUUUCCAUGGUGACUGGUUGAUACCGCCUUCAGACAGACUUCACAGCAGGGAGUGGUUUACUCUUCAUCUGAAACUGUGAAGUCGUACCAAUUCAACACGACUGACUCGCUCUUGUCCUAUUUAACCACGAAAUUAUGUUUGUUUACACUGGUGUGUGUGGGAACUGGGGAGCACUCCCGCAGGAAGGGGGAGGAGCCUAUGGUGAGAGGAAAAUCGAUUUGACGAUUUUAAUUUUUUUAACAUCGUCAUAACUAAAUAACCCGAUUACUGUUUAAAAUCGAUUAAUCGUGCAGCCCUAGCGAGGAAGAUAAAGACUCCCCUCAUCUUUAACUCCUUACCUUAUUUCUUAAACUCUGUGAUUUGUAAACAGAUUUAUCUCUAAUAUUUGUCUCUUUUCUCUGAGUGAAGUCGUUUUUUUUUAGUGAUUUCAUGAAAAAGUCUAAACUGUAGAAGGACUCUGAAUAACACGUUUACUCUGUAACUUGGUCAGAUUUUUAAAUCUUAUUAAACCUGUCACAUCACAGCCUCGUUUCUAACCCAUUAAAAAAAAAUCACACACUCAUACUUUAAAUAAAUCACAAACAGACACUCCUCUUAUAUCUAAAGACACGUUUGAACUUCUUACAGUAUAAAUAUUGUGAAAUUCCCUUUUAAUAGUCGUACCACUUUAACCUUAAUCUCCAAACGUUCUGUUUUCAUUAAUUUUAUAUUGACUUCUUUCAACAUUUCUCUAAUUAACUGUUAAUUAAUCCACACCAUCUGCCUCAGGCUGCAGUCUUGUGUUGUUGUGCGUUCACUUCCUCCGCCCGGCGCUCUCACUGUCACCGCCGCUGUAUGAUUUCCUGGAGGAUCGUCUCUCUGCUGGUUGAGCCGUUGAUGUCAUGCUUGACUGUGAUUGGCAAAGCUGUGUGUGAGCGAUAAGCGCCGCGAUGUGACUGGCUGAGAGUGUUUUUAUUAAUCACCACACCCUCUGAUCUAUAUCCAGCCUCAGCCGCUCUUUCUGCACUUUGCACGACUGCACACACACACACACACACACACACACACACACACACACGCACACAUGAAACUAGGAAGAUAGAAAGAAGGGAGUCUUUGUGAAGCCCACACCGUUUGCUCACAGUGGACCAACUGUCGGGCUUUUAGAGAUGAGCUUCAGCAAUUAAAAUAUGACUCUAACUUUAGAGAAAUCCUGCUCAUUUGUAAUCACAUUAUUCCAGGACUGACUGAAGCGAGCUUCACUGAUGCUCGGCCACGUCUUCAGGAUUUCUUUAACUGUUUUUUUUUUAUUAUUGAGGAAAGUCUAAUAAUAAGAAAAUGAUUUGAACUUUCUUUCCUUCAUUCUUUGUAAAAGUUGAACUGCGAUGGACUGAACAUUCAGUGAAAUAAUGAACUUUCUGUUAACUUUGUUUUUUGUGAAUACAUUAAUGUCUGCCGUGCAUCCUCACAAGUUAAUGGGGUGCAGAUGUAAGGUGCAGCGUGCGCUGGAACAGCAGGGGUGGAGUGGAGCCGGAGGGGAGAGUUGACACAGCAGUUGGGACAAAACCUUAGUGGAAAGUUUUAACAGUUCCUUUUUGCUCUCAGCUGAGUGAAACAACCUCCGAAUAUUUGAGAACAAACAAUAAUAUUUUCUAAAUCAUAAGGAGCCUCAUUGCUGAGUUUAUUAUCUCUCAGCAUUAGAUCCACUGACUGGACCAUCCUUUACCCAAACAGAGGAGGAAAAAAUGACCCAGAAUUCUCAACAUGACGUCUUACUUCACCUUUAAAAGCUUUUAUUAGAACUUAAAAUCCAAUAAUCUCCAAUAAAUGAUUCAAUAAUUCUAAAAGUAAUUGUUUCCUUAAUUUCCUGUGAUCAAAAUUAGUGCAGAUAAGAUUUAACCGCGGCUGAGAUUAGAAGUAAUUUCAGGUGUUUGAUGGCGUUAAUGAGGCUGACGUGAAACAUGAUCGUUUUUCUCAGCCGAGUUUAGAUGAAUGAGUUAAUGUUUGUGAAGGUGGAGCGUUUUUGUUUACUGUUAACAGAGGCUGAACUGUUGAUCGUCAGACUACAGUAAUAGAGCAGAUCUAACAGACAGUUUUAAUCUUGUACUAAAAGAAACCAGGAGACCAAUUAUUUCAUCAAAAAUCGCCCCUACGGUUAAAUAAGAUUCUUAUUUAGAGAUUAUAUGAACCUCUAACCCUGUGACGUUAAAAAGCCAUAUCUCAUGUUUACAUAUCAUAAAUCUAGGAGUUGUUUGUCUGCCACCUUAGAGCUCCUCCUACUAACUAGCUCCAGUACAGGGCUUUAGCUCCGCCCCCUCCAUGUAAACAGGUGGUGUUAGUUUAUGUGAUUUUCAUAAGUUCUCAUCAUUAACAUUAAAUAUUAAUUAGUAGUCAUAGUAGUUUGAAGAUCUUGUUUGAAGAUCUUCCUCUUAAAAUGGAGUUCAUGAUGUGACUGACAGCUCUGUUGACAAAUGGGGCUCCUGCUGGUUCAAGGAGGCGGGGCAAAGAAAACUUAAACUCUAAUAUUAAAUGGUUUUAGUCUCCUGAGGAGUUUUAUUAAUGAGUUAAAUUUAAGGUUAGAGGAGAGGACAGGCCUGUAGGAGAUGGUAUAACCCAGAUGUCUCUUUCUUCUUCAUAUAUAAACUAUCUGCAGCGUAAAAUCAAACACACACUUUGUUGUUAACAGGCAAAUGUGUAAUUGAUGAGCGCCCUCUUUAUUCAAUUAAAAUCAGCCCUACUUUACCUCCUCUGACUCCUGAUUCGCUGUGACAGCCUCAUGAAGAAGGUAAUUGGAGCUUUGUAGGAAAAGUCCUCCAGGGCUUCGCUCGAACUCAGUUGACGGUAAUAUAGGACGCUCGCUGUAGGUAUCUCUGUGCCCUGCAUGGAGGCAUGAUCUUCAAUGUUAAAGGGAAGUAUGAAACGCGCUCAUAAGUCAGUCGCUCUGCCGGACCUCGUGGUCAAGAGCACAAAAGCGGCUCUGAAGCCAAUCCAAUCGUCUCCUCGCUCCAACAGCGUGGAGACCGGCGCUCUGUCGUUGGAUUUGCCCUUCAUGUAAAACCCGAGCGAGAGGCAAACAGGAUUUGUUUGGAGCUUUUUCCUCUCGAGCUUUAUUGCUGAAUGAGGACAAACACUUCAAUCAACAGAGCAGCAAAUGUUAAGAGAGUCGGAGUUUAGAGGCUGCUGCUUUAAUUCUCCAAACCCUGUCGAGAAAAAUGUCAUUUCUUAUUUUCCUAAUGCUUGAACGCAGCGUUUUGUCUGUCAGUCUCUUCACAGUCUGUUUGUCUUCCUCUCCCUCUUGUACACAAGUCGUGGAGCAGAUCACAGCGGAAACAUCACUUUAUUUUUCACUCCUUUUUAUUACAUGGCGUUCCCACGAGGAAACAAAGCGUGCUUUAGUACCGAUGAAAGACUCCCUGGCUCGUAGCGCAGCUGAGGGCCCGUACUGCUGAGUUAUUUCAAAUACUCCAGUCCCUCAUCAUCAACACCGUCUUUCUUGCUGUUUUUGUCGGAGCUGCAGAGGAGAAGAGGUCAACCAUCCUUUCUUUUUUUCCCUCUAAGGUUGUCACUCACAGCCCCUCAGCUGAAUUCUCCCUCCUGACAGACUCCUGUUUCCUCGCUGCUCUUUUCAAGCUUUCGUUUCAUGUGAACAGAGACGCCGCGACCCGCCGCUCUGGCGAGCUUGUGGCCGUUUACCUUUGCCUUUGGUUUUCUCUUAACAUGCAGCAGCACUCGGUGAUAAAAGUCCCCCCUCUGAAUUUAGUUUGACUGACUCUUUUGUUCUGCAAAUUUCCAUACUUGUCAUUUUGACAUGCAGCUCGCUGUGUUUUUCUGACUAAUCUGAACGCCGGUCUUGUUUCUCAGCUCUCUCUGUUUUCAAAGCUGAGGUGUUUUAUAUUCGCCUCUAAUAAAGUCCUUGAUUUUGUCUCCCCUCUGCAGGUAAUAUCAACGACUGCUCCCUGCACUACUACUUCUUCCUCCUGGCGGGGAUCCAGGGCAUCACCUUGCUGGUUUUCCUCAUCGUAUCCGUCAAAUACGACAAACAGAAGGUCAAAACAGGAAGCCCGAGGCAGAGACAGAUCUCCUCCUGACCCCCUUAUCCUCCCUUCACCGUACCUGCCUUUUUCCAGUCUUUCACUCAGUGCCCAAAGACCCUCUCCGGUAGGAACUGUCUGACAGAAGUCUGGUUUACCUCUUUUAGAGAAGGAAGCCCCACAUGACCCCGUCAUGUCUUUAUAGUUCUUAUUUAAGUGUAUUUUAGCCUCUCAGUGGGGACUCUUUGAAACAGAAGGAGCAUGUUUCUGCCCGCGUUGCCUUUCUUUGAUUAUUUGCACUUGACUUGAGGAGUGGUGCCAUAAAAACCUAACUGGAUAUCUUCUAAUCACGAAGAGCGCUCAGAUGUUUUAUCGUAAAGUUUUAACUCUCUCUUAUCUAACUGGAUCUUCUAACACUUUUACUGACCGCGUGUGUGUGUGUGUGUGUGUGUGUGUGUGUGUGCGUGUGUGUGUGUGUGUGAUCCAAAAGUGUUCAAACUGACUGUUAAAAUGGUCUCUAUAUUCCUGUAGUCUGGAACGGGAGCUUUAAGUGUACUUGAAUGUUAGCAUUACUUCUUUAUGAUGAUAAUAACCACUUCUAGAGAGCCUCAGAAACCUAUGCAGUAACAGAGUUUAAUGUGAAAUUCACUUUAACAUACAUGGUACUGUUAUGACACGAACUUCCUCUCUGACUAAUCUAAUAUUUAUCGAAUAUUGAGUGUAAAUCUGCUUCCUCCGCCUGUGAUCACAUAAAGUAAAUCCACAUAAAUCCUCCUGUGAAUCUGCCAUAAACCCCCCCCCACAGCUCCAUACAUUCAUCCAGAUAACUCGUCAUGUUUAAGGCGGUGAGUGACUCACUCAGCUCUUCUUUCUGGUGAAGCUGCAGAUCUGCAUGUCGGCAAUACAAACGCUUCAUUCAGAAGUAACCUUAAGCUUAAAAUAACCACGAUUUCAUCGCUCUGAUCACGAUGAAAACUCGUGCGAGACUUAAUUUAUGCAAAUAAGAAUGAACCUCAUGUAAAUGUUUUAUAAUUCAUUAAAAAUCCAGAGUUUUACGGCGUUUGUCGACAGUUUUUUUUACAGUGUUAUCAUGACUUUGCAGCUUUGCCAGAAAAUAUUUUGUUGUUGUAUUUAUUAGACUGUGAUGCAGUUUUUUUUCUUCUUUUUUUUUAGCUUUAUAUCGCUGAGAAAACUGCUUGUGUGUGUGUUUCUUCAGCUCACAGAAUGGGCAUAGCACAAAGUAAUGAAUUUUAUUAAAGCAAGGAAACUCAGGGCUCGAGGAACGGUGUCGAGUGACAUAACUCUCCAGGAAAUGUAAAACUGCCUUUGGGAGCUCGCAGUGGUGUUUACCCUGUGGUGUACAUAAAGUGACAUUUGUAACAGCACAUAAAAGCAGAGAGCUCUCUCUUUCUCCCUCUCUCUCUCUCUCUGACGGUCUGUGAUGCCUGUUUUUGGUGAUUUUACUCGUGUUUAAUUGGGCGGAUAAAUGGAUGUUUCAUGUUUUAUUGCAUAUUUUAUAUAUUGUGUAUUUGCUUUGCCGUCUGAGUCCUCUUUUAAAAGAGUCUAUUACGGUUUUAUUUUGGAGUAAUCUUCUGUUUUCUUAAUGCUACAGAACUGGAAUAUUCUUUGUGGCCAAUAAAGUAUAUUAAAUUAAACA